UAUAAGGGGGAGCGGACGAAUGGGAUAUAUAAAACGUCUACGAGCUACGGGAUCGUCUAGUCGAUCUGCUCGAUAGUUUGCAUACGUCGAAUAAGGUUCACGGAGGCGUUAAACGAAUAUGUACUGCAAGUUGUUGGUGUUCCUUGCUGGCGUGGCCUAUGCUUCGGCUGGUUUAUACACGGGAUACGAGAAUUAUGGAUACGGUAGCUACGGACUUAAUCACGGACUCGCGGCGGCUGCAGCAUCCCCGUAUACUCCCGUCACAUACGUGCACCCAGCACCCGUCGCUACCAGCUACUCGAACUCCUACAAAGUUGCAUUGGCACCUACGACCAAAUAUGCGUUAGCACCACCGGUGAGCAAAGUGUUCUACAACGUACCGUCGCCGAUUUCAAAGAUCGGUUACGUUCCCUCGACGUACGUCGCCUACCCUCAGAGUUACAGCUCGCUCACCUCGUACCCAGGCUCUCUUGGAUACGGAUACAAGUACAAAGACGGAUUAGGGCUGGGCUAUGGAUACGGCUACGGAAGCGGAUACGACUUGGGCUAUGCCUCCGCUAUUGCACACGGAUAUCCCACUGGCUACGACCACUUAUCCAAAUAUUAAACUUGUUCGACGAUUCCCUCGCGAGCUGUAACGAAACUCAGGAUACUGCGAGUGUAAUUAGGGUUAUUUCUCGAAAUAAAGAAAAGUAACAAAAGUGAAA